UAAUUUAUUUUUCAAAGAAUGGGUUCCGUCUUCGUUGCUUUUACGAGCGGUGCCUUGUCUCUCAACUUCCAUGGCUGACAUCUUAAAUUUUCCCAACCAACCACAAAGUAUCUCCUUUUUCUGAUAAUUUCAUCAAACCCUAAGGUUUUUUCUCUCUCCAAUUCUUCUUCUUCUUCUUCUUCUUCUUCUUCUUCAUCUCUAUGGAUGCGAUCCUUUCACCAGCCGUUGAGGCUGAACGAGCCGCCGACUCAACGAUCGACACAGUUUCUCGCUUGAUCGCCGGCGCUUUCUCCGGCGCUCUUACUGGAGUUUUCGCCAUGGCUGGAGCUUUCACCGGAGCAGUAACUGGUGCGGUAGCAGGCAGAGCUGCCCAGUAUGGAGUACUCCGUGGGGCUGCACUUGGCGCUGUUGCAGGAGCUAUUCUCUCUGUUGAAGUGUUGGAGGCUUCUCGUGCGUACUGGUAUUUAGAGCUAUCAGGAUCAAGGGGUCCAUCAUCUAUGGCAGAUUUUGUAGAGCAACUCUUUCGUGGGAGACUAGUUGAUGAACAACUGAUGUCAACAAUGAUAAAUUCACACCACUGGCAGUUAAGAAUUUCCGAUGUAAGUUAUGAAGAGCGGGAUGAUGUUAAUGGUGAACUGGAAGCUAGAGGAUUAUCGGGUGACUCUUUAAGGAAACUACCAUGCUAUAUCAUGUCAAGCGAAAUGGUCAGGAUGCAGGUCACUCACUGCACAAUUUGUCUGCAGGACAUCAAAACAGGGGAAAUCACACGAAACUUACCGAGAUGUGAUCAUACAUUUCAUCUGGUGUGUGUUGAUAAAUGGCUCAUCAGACACGGCUCGUGCCCCAUUUGCAGACAGGCCGUUAAAGGUUAAAACACCAUUGUCUCCGAGCUGUGUACAUAGCAAAAACACAUUAUCCUUAUAUGUUGUUGUAAGUCUUAAAAUCCUUCAAUACUUUUUCCCAUUUCAUUUAGAGGUUCAUCCAUAGGUUUCUCUACUUUUGAAUGUAUAUUAUUGUAGACGUGAGUAAGAACAUCACAGAGUGUAUUGGAAAGAAUAUAGAACUCGUCAAGUCAUGAAAUAAUAUAUCAAGUUAAUUCUAAUA